CGGCGAUGGAUUGGUACGUCCUGCAGCUUCUGCUAAGCGACGAGGGGAGGAAAGGCAAAGAUGGCGGCAGGAGUGAGAGCGCGGAAGGAGCCGUGCGGUUAAUCGAAGGAGAAGCGGAGAUCCCGAGGCGCCUGGACGUGUGAUGGGAGCGGGAUAAAUCGGGAUGUGUGAGAGCUACUCGCGCUCGCUGCUGCGGGUGUCGGUGGCGCAGAUCUGCCAAGCUUUAGGCUGGGAUUCCGUGCAGGUUACCGCCUGCGACCUGCUCACCGAUGUCCUGCACAGGUACCUGCAGCAGCUGUGUCGGGGAGCCCAUCGUUACUCCGAGCUGUAUGGACGGACUGACCCUGUUUUGGAUGAUGUGGGCCAAGCUUUCAAAUUAAUGGGAGUGAAUCUACAUGAACUGGAAGAUUACAUUCAUAAUAUUGAACCAGUCACAUUCCCCCAGCAGAUCCCAGCUUUUCCUGUCAGCAAAAAUAAUGUGCUGCAGUUCCCUCCUCCCGGAAGCAAAGAUAUUGAGGAUCGAAAGGAAUACAUACCUGAUUACUUACCACUCAUCAUCUCAUCACAGGAAGAGGAAGAGGAGGAGCAGGUGCCUACAGAUGGCGGGACAUCAGCUGAAGCUAUGCAAGUUCCUCUUGAAGAAGCAGAGAUGGAUGAUGAUGAAACUAUUAAUGAUGAAAACUUUUUGCAUAAAAGACCUUUGGAGAGUCCUGAAAACGAAGAAAUGCCUUUUGCAAAACGACAACGAUUAAUGAACACUAAAGGCGAUAUUUUAGAUGGAACGUUAGAACCACGAGAACCACUUAGUUCAAUAAAUGCUCAGAAGGUUCCUCCUAUUGUUUCACCCAAUCACAUACAGGACAGUUCAGGAUUGUCUCUUCCUGUGUCAGAGGCAUUAACAAUGUCUCCUAUUUUAAAAUCCCAAACCCCCUCUUCCAAACAUUUAGAAUCUAAAACACUGACCUCAAAAUCUAAAUCAAAAGGUUCACCAGGACAAAAAAAUAAGUCGCCCAAAUCCACACCACUCACCGUUCUUGGCAGCCCUUUGCGAUCACCUAAAUCUGGUCCAAAAGAAAAGAAAUCUCCUGGACGUGCCAAAAGUCCUAAGAGCCCCAAGAGCCCAAAGGUUACUGGAGCUUCUGGUCAGCUACCUGUAAAGUCAGAAACACCAAACCGUACACCACUAGCUGCAUUAAGUGAAAAAAUAGGAAAGGAUAACAUACAGAUAAAGCAAAAUCAAAUGCAAGAUUCUGAAAAAGUAACUGCAGAAAACCUUUCUAAGAAGCCAUUAGUGGCAGAUAACAACACCAUUGAGGAUUCCAUUGAUGCUGUGAUUGCGCGUGCUUGUGCUGAACAAGAACCUGAUCCAUUUAAGUUUUCAUCGGGUUCAGAGUCUGAGAGUGAAGUAUUUACUAGUCCUAAGAGACUUACUAUAGCAGAACCUGCUACACCUAAAAUGUCAGCUUCUAACAGCAGUCUUGGUAAGACUUGCAGCACGCCACUCCCUGGUUCAGGUGGCACUUCCAGUUCUGAUGUUUCGUGGACAAUGGAUGACUCCAUAAAUGAAGUCAUUCGAAAAGUCAACCAGGAAACGCCAUCAAAUAACCCCAUCAGUCAGCCAUGUUUCUCUUCUCCUUCAGCCUCUCCUCCCACUCCUGAGCCACUCGUCAAAGUGUAUGAAGACAAAGUUAAACUGGCUUCUCCUCCUCCUGUAGAGCUAAAGAAGAAGGCAAAGAAAGAAUUAAAAGCAAAGAUGAAGAAGAAAGACAAGGAAAAACAGAAGGAUAAAGACAGGAGCAAGGAAAAGAACAAAGACAAAAAAGAAAAGGAAAAAGAUAGAGAUGGUAGCAAAGAUUCAAAACUUCAAUGGAAGGACUCAAUUAAAGAUGAAGAUUCAGAAAUCCACAAGUUAAAGAUAAAGGAUAUAAAUGACCCUGACUUGAAAUCAAAGCAAAAGGAAAGCAGUGGGAAGAAAGAUAAGGAAAAGCAUAAGGAUAAAAAGAAAGAUAAAGAAAAGGGUAAGAAGGAGAAAGAAAAGAAAGAAAAGGGAAAAGACAAGAACAAAGAAGAAAAGUUAAAAGCUUUACCACAGACUACUGUUUUGCUAACACCAAAAGAUCUUUCACUUCCAGUAAUAAGUACUCCCAGUGCUGUCAGGCUACCCUCUCUGAUGCCUUCUUUGUCACCCUUAUUACCUGAAAAGGUAGUUGAGGAAAGAGAGAAAACGAAGGAGAAGGAUAAGAAGAAAGAUAAGAAAGAAAAGAAGAAAAAGAAAGACAAAGAGAAAGUAAAGGACAAAGAAAAAGAGAAAAAAGAAAAGGAAAAGAAAGACAAAGAUAAGGAAAAGCAUAAGCAUGACAAACAGGCUAAAGUGGAGUUACCUAUUCCUGCCCCUUCACCUGUAAUUCCCCGGUUGACCCUUAGGGUUGGUGCAGGCCAAGACACAAUUGUCAUUAGCAAAGUGGUAUCUGCCCCAGAUGCUAAGGCAACCACAACACCGUCCUUGCCUAAAUCGCCUCCUCCUGCACCUUCUCCAGCACCUGUGCCAGUUCUUGUUGUGCCUCCUCCAGUCCAACCUCCUCCUGCCCCCGCAGCUGCCUCACCCGCUCCAAAUCCACCUCCUGCUGCCCCUGGACCAAACACAGGAAAUGCGAAGGCACCUUACAGGAGUGUUGUCACAGAGACGGUCAGUACCUAUGUGAUUCGUGAUGAAUGGGGCAAUCAGAUCUGGAUCUGUCCAGGAUGCAAAAAAGCAGAUGAUGGUAGUCCAAUGAUUGGCUGUGAUGGAUGUGAUGAUUGGUACCACUGGCCUUGCGUUGGAUUGACCGCAGAACCAAAAGAGGAACAAUGGUUUUGUACCAAAUGUGACAGCAAGAAGAAAGACAAAAAGCACAAAAAACGGAAGCACAAAGCUCACUAAGACCUACUCUUACCUUCAUUUCCCUAUGCUUUUCAUAGGAGGAGCUUGUGGCUUAACAGUGCUUUUAGUUCUGUGGACUGCUUUGGAUAGACAAGCAAUUAGGCCUUAGGCUGAAGUCUGUCUGGCAGA